AUGUCGCGUGGAAAACAACGAGAAACGAGAACAAUAGAAUAUUGGGGAGGAAGACCGGUUAAGCGAAGUUCUUCUGAUCUCUUUCUUGAUAGACCUUUAACAUCCAAGAGUGUUUUUUCAGGUCCUAACGCUUUAUGGAUGCAACGUUAUCCAUCUCGCGGACAUAUUGGAGAUAUUGGUGAAGGUCAAGCAUCUAUACUUCGUUCACUUGAUGUUGGCUAUUUGACAAGAGGAUAUAACAUCGAUCCACCACUUCGACGUGCUGCAUAUCCAGGUGAAAUUGGUUGGACAGCAGCAUAUUUCCAUCGAGACUUCAAACAAACAAAACCAUAUAGCACAUGGCAUAGUUAG